AAGAAAAAAAAGGCGGCGUCGACCCGAUGACCCGGUGCCAGCCCAAGUCCAAGGCCGUGAUCCUCGUCGGCGGCCAUGAGGACCGGUACUUUCGCCCGCUCUCGAUGGACCAGCCCAAGCCGCUCUUCCCAAUCGCGGGCCGGCCGAUGCUCUACCACCACGUCGAGGCCUGCGCCAAGGUGCCCCACAUGACCGAGAUCCUCCUCAUCGGCGGCCACGACGAAGGCCUCUUUGCGCGCUUCCUCGACAUUGUCAUGCGUGAAAUCCUCGUGCCCAUUCGGUACCUCCAGGAGCGCGAGCCUUUGGGCACCGCCGGCGGCCUCCGCGUCUUCUUCGACGAGAUCAUGCUCGGGUCGCCCGACAUGCUCUUCGUGCUCCAUUACGACAUUUGCUGCAGCUUUCCGCUCCAGGACAUGGUCUACCAGCACCUGCGCACGCAUGCGUCUUGCACGAUGCUCGGCAAGCGCGUGUUUCCCGACGAGGCCAAAACGUACGGCUGCAUCGUCGCCGACGACGCGUGCGAGGUCGUCCACUGGGCCGAGAAGCCCGAGACGUUUGUGAGCGACCUCAUCAACUGCGGCAUCUACCUCUUCAACAUCAAAGUACUUGGUCGCAUCAUGGACGUUGGCGACGCGCGCGCCGACGCCCGCCGCACCGCGCAGGCCAGCCGCAACCAGCCGCGGUUCCCGUACAAGCCUCUCUUCCACGAAUGCGUCAACGGCCUCAGCCUCGAGCAAGACAUUUUGAUCCCCAUGGCUGGCCAGCAAGAGCUCUACGUGUACGAGACCGGUGACUUUUGGUGCCAGAUCAAGACGCCUGGCAUGGCCGUCAUGUGCUCGGAGCUCUACAUGCAGCGGUACCGGUACGUCGACCCGACGCUGCUCUCGUCGACGGGCGGGAAGCUCUCGCCGCACAUUGAAGGCAAUGUGGUCAUCGAUCCCAGUGCGACCAUCCACCCCAGCGCCAAGCUCGGCCCGAAUGUCGUGAUCGCCGCCGGCGUCAGCAUUGGCAAAGGGGUCCGCGUCGCCCAUUCGAUCGUGCUCGCCGGGGCGACCAUCAAGGACCAUGCAUGUGUGCUCUUCUCGAUCCUGGGCUGGAACUGCACGGUCGGCGAGUGGGCGCGGGUCGAAGGCGAACCGCCGAAUGACACGAUGGCCAAGCCGACGGGCGCCGACACGUCGAUCCCGCGCGACGUGACCAUCUUUGGCACGUCCGUGCUCUGCGCGCCCGAGAUCAUUGUCCGCAACUGCGUCGUCCUCCCGCGCAAGGUGCUCACGCAAAGCUGCCACAAUGAGAUCUUGCUUUAACUUACACCAUUCUUACACGAUUGCCCGGUUGCUAUUGUCGCCUUGCUGGUUGUGUUCUUCUUCAUCGUGACCAAGGU